AUGGAUCUGCUCUCUGUUUCAGUUCUGCUGCUCCUCUGUGUCUGUUGCAUCCUCCUCGCCUUGACAUGGGGGCGCAAAGAGGGCAGAGGCCUCCGCCUGCCCCCGGGGCCCACCCCACUGCCCAUCCUGGGGAAUUUUUUCCAACUGGACCGAAAGGAUAUUGUCAAGUCCCUGGUGAAGAUGAGCGAGGUGUACGGCCCGGUGUUCACCGUCUACCUGGGGCUGCGGCGGGUCGUGGUCUUGUGCAGCUACAAAGUGGUGAAGGAGGCCCUGGUGGACCAGGCAGAAGAAUUCAGUGGCCGCGGGCAGAUCCCGUCCUUCUCCAAGGAAUUCAAUGAACAUGGCGUUGUGUUCGCCCACGGUGAUCGGUGGAGGCUGCUUCGCAGGUUCUCUCUCAGCACCUUGCGGAAUUUCGGGAUGGGGAAACGAUCCAUCGAGGAGCGAAUCCAAGAGGAGGCCCGGUGCCUGGUAGAGGAGCUCCAUGGAACGGAAGGAAAACCCUUUGACCCCACCUUCAUUGUCAGUCGUGCUGUCUCCAACAUCAUCUGCUCCAUCGUGUUUGGGAAUCGCUUUGAGUACAAUGACAAGAAAUUCCUCCGGCUGAACAAGCUGAUCACAGAGCGGGUCCGCGUCACCAGCACACCUCAGGCUGCGCUGUACAAUAUCUUCCCGGAGAUCAUGGAGAAGAUCCCUGGAACGCACCAUGCAGGCAGCAGAUGCUCCCAGGCGAUUAUCAGCUUCAUCAGGGAAAGGAUCAAGAUGCAGCAGGCCUCGCUGGAUCCCAGCGCCCCGCAGAAUUACAUCGACUGUUUCUUAGUGAAGAUGGAGGAGGAAAAGGGCAACGCUUGCAGCUACUUCCACAUGGACUCUCUGGUCAUGUCCACCCACAACCUUUUCUUUGCGGGCACUGAGACCGUGAGCACCACCCUCCGCUACGGAAUCCUUGUCCUCAUGAAGUACCAUGAGAUAGCAGCCAAGGUCCAAGAUGAGAUCGGCCGAGUCAUUGGCUCACACCGCAGCCCAACAAUGGCAGAUCGGGGCCAGAUGCCAUACACCGAUGCCGUGAUCCAUGAGAUCCAGAGGUUCAUUGACGUCGCUCCCCUUGGGGCCCCCCAUGCUGUUAUAAGAGAUACCAACUUCCGUGGCUACUUGCUUCCUAAGGGCACCAAUAUUAUUACUUUCCUUUACUCCGUCCAUAAGGAUCCAACCCAAUUCAAGAACCCUGAAAUGUUUGACCCCACCAACUUCUUGGAUGAGAAGGGAGAGUUCCGACGGCGCGACGGUUUCAUGCCCUUCUCUGCUGGGAAACGCGUGUGCCUCGGAGAAUCGUUGGCUCGCGUAGAGAUGUUCCUGUUCUUCACCACACUUCUGCAGCGCUUCACCUUCCAACCCACCUGCCCUCCGGAGCAACUUGACCUCUCACCGAUUGCGACCGGCAUAGGGAACAUACCACCCCUGUACAAGUUCUACGCCAUCCCCCGCUGAAGCCCGGCUGCCCCUCUGACCUCCACUUUCCUCCAGGAUGUCCCUUAUUCCCGGUCUUCUUCCAUGGGGUUUCUGGGUGUCUUGUCAGCAGGUUGUGGAAACGUCCCUGGUAUGGCUGCAGUGCAGGCCAUUGAUGUAUGCAAGAAGCCAAAAGAAGGCCCCUUUGGACAUGGGCUAGAGGGUAGGGUUCUUGUGGGGGUGGGGGGCGUUACGCUGAAGGAAAGGAGGGUGCUUCAGGUCACACUUUGCCUGGGCUCUGGGUCUACUAGGGUUGGGUGUGUUCUUAUGCAAGGUGUUUGCUUGCAUCUGUGGGACAGGACGCAAGACACUGGCAGAGUGCACGUGAACACACCUUUGCCACCUACUGGCAGAUGGCUCAAUCAGACGACAGCUGAGCCUUUUUCUCCAACUGAAGGUUGCUCUUUUGGAAAACAACGCAAAGCCUCCUUUUCUUUUCUUUACUUCCAUUCUCUUCUUCCCUUCCCUUCCUUAUCUUGCUCUCUCCCUGGAUGAAAACGUAGAGACCAGAGGCUGGCAGACUUUAGGGCUUCCAGGAUCUAUUUUCUUUUUUACAAGUAUCCCUGGGAUCCAGCCGCUGGAGCCUGGUGUACUUAGAAGGAAAGAGUUUUAAGCUCAGGGAUUUGUUCUAAGUGUCAGAAUUGAAUUGAGCCCACAAUCCUUCCGGUUAUCCCUCUUCUCCUUAAGUUCAGCAGUAUAAUUUAGGGUGGUGGUGGAAGAGUUAUUUUGCUGUUCCUCUUAUUAAGCCAUUGGGAGUCAGAUAUGCUUUGCCAAUUCAAUGCAAAUCACCCGGAGAUCUACCAGGAGAUUGUGAUCUUGCCCUCUGCCCAUCCCUGGAGCUGUAAGCUUUGCUUUUCCAAGGAACUGAGGCUGCCUGUUUCCCUGGAUUAAAGGGAACCAGUUUCGUGAGAAGCAAAGAUCAGUAAAGAUUCAACCUUGGCUGUAAGAGAAGGAAAAGGACCUUUAAAGAUUCCCACACUGUGUCUCUUUAAUGCAGAACAGAUAAUGUAUUUGCACCUGACUGGUCAUUUUGAUUGUUCUAUAGAGGUUAUCGAUCUAUACGAAACAGGCAAAUACCUGUUCUUCCUUAUGCACAAUUUGUGUAAUUAUUGUGAGCCUGUUUUAUUGUGUAUUUGCAUCAUAAAGCUUAAUUAGACCUUAACCUUUAAUAUGCCUAAUAUGCGUAAUAUAAAGUUUUCUACAAGGA